AUGCAGCGUCGAUUGCGCGCACUGCGCGAUGCACUGCCCAAAGGCCCCGUCCCCGUCGCCGACGCCGUCCUCGCCACCUUCAUCGGAAUCGCAACAGUCAUCUUCCUCCACGACAAUGUUCUCCAAACCACCCCCGUGACCGGCAUAUCCAUGUCCCCCACACUCUCCCCUCACUACGAAGAGACGGGCGCCAAAGACAGCAUCCUCUGGCGGAAAUACCGAGCGACACGGAAUCUGAAGCGGGGGGACGUCAUCCUCUUCGACAGCCCCACGAACCCGGAAAACGUCAGCGUCAAGAGGGUGGUCGGCUUGAGCGGGGAUGAGAUUGUGCUGGAUCCGCGGCGGAGACCCAAGGAUUUCGAGAAUGGGCGGGUGAGUGAGGGGGGCAAGAGGUGGGAUGCGAUGAAACGGAAGGGGAAGGGGAGGGUUGUGGUGCCGGAGGGGCAUGUGUGGGUGGAGGGGGAUAAUUGGCGGAAGACGUUGGAUAGUAAUGAUUAUGGGCCUAUCUCAAAGGCGCUGAUUCAGGGGAAGGCGGUCGCGAAAUGUUGGCCUUUGAGUGAGUUUGGGAGGAAGGUUGGCGGGGCUGAGGAUGGGUAUAAGAAUCGAACGAGGGUGAGGAAGGGUGUGAGGAGGAGGGUUGGGGAGGAAGUGGAGAGAUGGUGGGAGGUUGAUUGA